UAUCAUUAAACAAUUUUCUGAAGGAAAUAUGGCCUACUUGAUAACAAGAAACCUUUGGAGACCUUUUAUCAAUGUGCAAAAUAAAAUCCUAGGACAUUAUUUUUGUACAAAUCCUAAAGGAAGAACAUGGAAAGUUUUGAAAGUAAAUCAUCUUGCUGUUGCAUCUGCUAAUAUCGAGAAAAGUGUUAAACUUUUUCAAGAUAUAUUUGGUGCUAAGACUAGUCAGUCUAUUCCUAUGCCAGAACAUGGAGUUACAACUGCCUUUGUUGAGUUAGGCAAUGUCAAAUUGGAACUGCUUCUUCCUCUUGGAGAAAAAAGUCCCAUUCAGAGCUUCUUACAAAAGAAUGGCAACGGUGGAAUGCAUCACAUUUGUUUGGAUGUUGAUAAUAUUGACAAUGCUGUGAAAGACAUGAAGGCGCAUAACAUUCGUACCUUGACUGAGGAAACUAAAAUAGGUGCCCAUGGUAAACCUGUCAUAUUUCUUCAUCCCAAAGAUUGUGGUGGUGUUCUUAUCGAACUUCAGCAAGUUUAAGCUUUCAUUGUAUUUCUUUCCAGGAAUCUCAAAUGUGUCAUUGUGUUUAUUUUUUAACAAAAUAAAUUUUAUGGUAAAUAAA